AUGCUUAAAACAGCACUGCACUAUAUAUGUAUAUAUAUCAAGUAUGAUGUUGCCGAAGAAGUGGUUCUAUGGAUGAAUACCAUUGGUCCAUAUCAUAAUCGUCAAGAAACUUAUGGCUAUUAUUCUUUACCAUUUUGUCGUGGACCUAAAACAUCAAUUGAACAUGCUCAUGAGACUUUAGGUGAAGCGUUAGUAGGAACAGAACUUCAAUACAGUGGAGUAGAUAUACGUUUCAAAGUGAAUAGACCAAAGUCAACAGUGUGUCAAACUAAUGUUACACCGGAUAUUUUUCUAGCUUUUAGUACAGCUAUUGAACAACAAUACUGGUAUCAAAUGUAUUUAGAUGAUUUACCAAUAUGGGGUGUUGUCGGUGAAUUAGGCAAAGAUGGACAACCGAAUAUUUGGACGCAUAAAGAAUUAGAAAUUGGUUAUAAUGAGAAUCAAAUUGUUUUUGUCAAUUUAAUCAAUGGUGAUUUAACUCCACUGAAACCGUAUACACAACUAACAUUCUCGUAUACAGUUAAAUGGGUUCCAUCAGAAAUAUCCUUUGAAGAUCGAUUCGAUAAAUAUCUGGACUAUGAAUUCUUUGGACAUAAAAUUCAUUGGUUUUCAAUAUUUAAUUCAUUUAUGAUGGUAUUAUUCCUUGUUGCAUUGGUGUGCAUGAUAUUAAUGCGAACAUUACGACGUGAUUAUGCUAGAUAUAAUAAAGAAGAUGGCUUAAGUGAAUUGGAUCGUGAAUUAGGCGAUGAGUAUGGUUGGAAACAAGUACACGGGGAUGUAUUUCGUUCACCACGACAUGCAUCUUUACUUGCUAGUUUAGUUGGUUCUGGAAUUCAUCUCGCUUUCGUCUCAUUCAUAGUUUUAUUUUUGGCAUUAGCUAAUAAAUUGUAUGCUGAACGUGGAAGUUUUAUUUCUACAGCAAUAUUUGUUUUUGCGGCAACUUCACCAAUUAAUGGAAUGAUUGGUGGCAGUUUAUAUGCACGUACAUCAGGUAAACGUUGGAUUCGACAAUUCCUAAUGGGUGCUACUCUGAUGCCCUUCAUGAUAUGCUGUUGCACAUUUCUUGUCAAUCUUGCAGCUAUCUAUUAUCAUACAAGUCGUUCCAUUCCAUUCGUUACAAUGCUUGCGAUAGCUGCUAUCAUAUUUUUUGUCGUUAUCCCAUUGAAUCUGGUCGGUACUGUAUUAGGCCGGAAUCUAUUCGGUGUAUCGAAUUUCCCGUGUCGGGUAAAUCCAGUUCCAAAACCAAUUCCAGAGAAAAAAUGGUUUAUGGAGCCAGCAUUUCUAAUUAUUGCUGGUGGCCUACUACCAUUUGGAUCAAUUUUCAUUGAAUUGUAUUUUGUAUUCACAUCAUUUUGGGCCUAUAAAAUUUACUUCGUUUUUGGAUUCACUCUACUUGUACUAUUUCUUCUUGUUGCUGUGACCUCCUCAGUCACUGUUGUUGGAACUUAUUUCUUAUUGAAUUCUGAAGAUUAUCGUUGGCAAUGGACAAGUUUUCUAUCCGGUGCAUCUAUCGCCUUUUAUGCCUACCUAUAUGCUAUAUACUACUACUUUUUCAAAACAAAGAUGUUCGGCGUGUUUCAGACAACUUUCUAUUUCAGUUAUAUGGCUUUGUUCUGCUUGUUCAUUGGUAUCCUGUGUGGUUCAGUGGGAUAUGUCGCUGCAAACCGAUUUGUUCGUAAAAUUUAUUCAACUGUGAAAGUGGAUUGAUGAAAACACCAUGAGGAAAAAACAAACAAUUUUUUUAAUUAUAUAUUUUUUCUUUUCGAAUUUUGUUUUUACUACUCCCUCUCUCUCUCUCUCACUAUGGACUGUGAUCUGCCUGCACAAACACACAC